UUAUAUUAUACGUAAUAGCAUUCGUUUAUCUCAUUGCCAGCCUGAACUUCGCAUUGCAUAUGGUUGUUCGAACGUCAGAGGCGGCAUAUGUUCCUUUCUCUUUUCUUCAUCUUCAAUGGGCAUGUGCCAUGGGGAGGCUGUCUACUUCGGAAAUUUUCUUUUCUCCAACCUUGUGUUUCUAGUUUUUCAAUUACCAAGCAUAUCGGGCGUUAGAGGGACAGGAUACGGGCGGGAUCAUUGGGAUAUUCCCAAGCAUGGCGCCUGGGUUUUUGAUCGAUAGUCAAGCGCGUAGGGGCGCGUGACAGUAGGAUUUGCGAAGAGAGGCCUGACCAGCAACCAGCUGCAUUGGUAAUGCAGGCUGCGUCAUUGGAAAAAGAAAGCAUAUCAUAUCUGUAUUCCAAAAUUCUGCGAGACACGAGUAAAGGUCUUUGAUAAGAAAUAAAAAAUUUCUAGAGUCA